CAGAGCUUUUCUCGACGGACCCGAACUACCGGGCCAAAAACUUCACUACCAACGCGGCAGAUAGGCCUCUGGUGGUACAGUUCUGUGCACACGACCCGCACACGCUACUGUCAGCGGCAAAAUAUGUCGAGAACGACUGUGACGCGGUCGAUCUCAACCUGGGAUGUCCACAGAACAUCGCCAAACGCGGGCACUACGGCGCGUUCCUGAUGGAGGACUGGAAUCUCAUUAAGUCCAUGGUGGAGAUUCUGGAUAAAGAGUGCAAGGUACCGGUCACGUGCAAGAUUCGCAUGUACGACGACGUCCAGAAAACUAUUGACUAUGCGAAGAUGCUCGAAGCUGCUGGGUGCCAGUUAUUGACACUCCACGGCCGUACGAGGGACAUGAAGGGUCAGCAAAGCGGCCUCGCUGAUUGGUCGAUAGUGAAAGCUGUCAAACAGGCCGUGUCCAUUCCUGUGAUAGCCAAUGGGAAUCUCAUUUAUCUGGAAGACGUCCACCGGUGCCUUGAGUACACCGGGGCUGACGGGGUCAUGAGCGCAGAGGGUAAUUUGUACAAUGCGGCCAUGUUUUCGGGCAAGGAAGUGCCUGUGUGGGAUCUGGUGGACGAAUAUCUGCAGAUCUGCCGGGACGUCAACCAGGAUGCCCCCACGGCCCGUCAUCAUCUGUUUAAGAUGUACCACGCCGCGCUACCCCAACACACAGACAUCAGAGACAAGCUGAGUAAACUAUCUGGUUCCGAAGGUCUGAGCGAGCUUCAAAAUCUCGCGAACGAAUUCAAUGCGCGACUGAAAAGGAUAGCAGCGAAAGCAAAGCCAACCGACGCAGAGCUUACGAAGGAUCAAACGAAAGACAUCAACACAGCCAUUGUGAGUGUUGAAAGAGCGUACCCCUACUGGAUUUCCCAACCGCGAUGUCGACCCGGCACCGUAACGCCGUAUGGCGUGACUAGCAGGAAACGAACAUUUCAUAAGGAUGGUCCUGGGGGUGUGGCGGUGGACAGAGAAGCGGUGCUUGCUGCCAGGGCCGAGAGGAAACGGAGGAAGGCUGAAGGACGGGAGUCUCGUCUGCAUAAGCUGUGCACCGUGUGCCGUCGCAACAUGCCGUCGCAGAAGUCGGGCGAGCUCAAACAAUGUGGAGUGUGCAUAAAAACGCUGAAGAACAAAGCCCACCACAGCACAGACACGGCGUCGAAAAUCGACUCCGAUAUGGAGGCGAAGGUCAAUGCCGAUGUUCAGGCCAAGACAGAGGUGGCUACGGGUGGUGAUGCGAAAGAGGGACCGGGAACAGUUACGGAAGCGGUGGCAAACGCAGACAAUGGCACUGCGCCAGGGACUGCCACGCGGGUCGGUGGCGAGCACGAAGACAAGAAACUGUCGUCCGUGUGCUGACGCGGGUGCGUUGUGGGCAGGUUGGGAGUGUGGAUUUAGUACUCAGAGCGCAAACGUAGUGUAGUGAAUAUUAAAGCAGUAAUAAAGUAGACUGCAGCACUUGUACCUCUGGUGGACAGUAAUUGUGGUUCUCAGAGGCAUUCAGCCAGUAUGAUAUUUAUACAGUCAGUAUA